AUGUCCGGCGCCGAGGAGGCCGGGGGCGGCCCGGCCGCGGGGCCCGCCGGCGCCGUGCCGGCCGGAGUCGGGGUGGAGCCGGGCCCGGGGCGGCCGCGGGGCCGGGCGGCGGCGGCCGGCGAGGCGGCGGGGCCCGGGCUCCCCGACGAGGCGGGCCUGGCCGGCGCCCGGCAGCUGCAGGAGGCGGCCGGCGACCCCGACGCGCCGCCCAAGAAGCGGCUGCGGGCGGCCGAGGCGGCCGAGGCGGCGGCGGCGGCGGCGGCGGCGGGCAGCGGGAAGCUGGAGGAGCGGCUCUACUCGGUGCUGUGCUGCACCGUCUGCCUGGACCUGCCCAAGGCCUCCGUGUACCAGUGCACUAACGGUCACUUGAUGUGCGCUGGCUGUUUUAUCCACCUACUAGCAGAUGCCCGGCUGAAGGAGGAGCAGGCCACGUGCCCCAACUGCCGCUGCGAGAUCAGCAAGAGCCUCUGCUGCCGGAACCUGGCCGUGGAGAAAGCCGUGAGCGAGCUGCCGUCUGAGUGUGGCUUCUGCCUGCGCCAGUUUCCCCGCUCCCUCCUGGAGAGGCACCAGAAAGAGGAGUGCCAGGACAGGGUGACCCAGUGCAAGUACAAGCGCAUUGGCUGCCCAUGGCACGGCCCCUUCCACGAGCUGACAGUGCACGAGGCUGCGUGCGCCCACCCCACCAAGACAGGCAACGAGCUGAUGGAGAUCCUAGACGAGAUGGACCAAGGCCGCCGCAAGGAGAUGCAGCUCUACAAUAGCAUCUUCAGCCUGCUCAGCUUUGAGAAGAUCGGCUAUACCGAGGUCCAGUUCCGGCCGUACCGCACAGACGACUUCAUCACGCGGCUCUACUACGAGACGCCCCGGUUCACGGUGCUGAGCCAGACCUGGGUCCUGAAGGCGCGGGUGAACGACUCAGAGCGGAACCCCAGCCUGUCGUGCAAGCGCACGCUCUCCUUCCAGCUGAUCCUCAAGAGCAAGGUCAACGCGCCCCUCGAGUGCUCUUUCCUGCUGCUCAAGGGCCCUUACGACGACGUAAAGAUCAACCCCGUCAUCUACCACUUUGUCUUCACCAACGAGAGCAACGAGACCGACUACGUACCGCUGCCCAUCAUCGACUCGGUGGAGUGCAACAAGCUGCUGGCCGCCAAGAACAUCAACCUGCGGCUCUUCCUGUUCCAGAUCCAAAAGUAGGACGGCCGUGCUGGAGGACGCCCCGGGCAGGCGGAGGCCGCCUCGCUGCGCUGACCACACCUGGUGUAGGUGGCUGGCCACAGCCGCGAUUUCACAAUGUUACCUGAGCAUUUUAGCAAAAGGAGGAAAACAAAACCAAGACCGAUUGAAAAAGUCUGCAUGUGUGUGUGACGGUGCAAGGUCGGGCCUCCCGGCUCCCGUCCUCCCCGCACGCCUCCCCUUGGCCUGGGGGCUGGAGCCGGGCCCGCCCGCCAAGGAGACCGCCCCUAACACCCCUGCCCCGCGGCGCCCAGGGGCUGGUGGGCAGAGGGCAUGGCCGUCCCUGCACCCCGGCGGCACAGUGAGGCAGCUGGUGACAUCCGACUGCACGCCCACUUCUGCAUAGGGCUCGGGUUUCUGCUGACAGACUUCAGACGGCUGUGCGAUUGCAAUUAAAAAGGCACCCUUGUUUC